AUGAAUAUCGCAAGAGGAGAAUUGGUGGUAGUAGACUCCACUGGUGGCCGCAUCAGCACCAUUCAUCUAACCACAGGAGUUCUUACUGACAUUAAAACAGGAGUUACCCAACCAGAAGGCGUAGCAGUAUCUGACGAUGGAAAUACGCUUUAUGUGUCGCAGUCUGGUGCUGGCAAGGUCGUGGCAAUCAACUUGAACGAAAAAACUGAAAGUGAUCUCGUAAGCAACUUGUCCUCCCCUGCGGGAUUGUGCCUUUCUCUCGAUGGCGCGACACUUUAUGUCGCUGAAGCAGCUGCGAACAAAGUAUCGUCCAUUAACAUACGGGCCCAAACAAAAACGGAUGUUGUAGGACAAGGAGCCACAGCGGACAUAGAACUGAACAACCCGCGUGCUGUCGCCGUUUCCCUAGACGGCGAGAUUUACGUCGCUGACGGCAACAGCGGGAACUCUAGAAUCAUCCGGGCCCUCGACGAUCAAGUGGAGGUACUGGAAAUUCACCCACCCCUCUUACGAACCAUGAAAGAGUCGGACCUUGACUACGUCCUCGGGGAUAUAACUUCCAUGGCUUACGGGAAGCUAGCUAACCCAACAUUGUUUCUAGCAGACUCCACAAAGCACAUAAUCUGGAAGCUGGACUUGCAAACCCACCGCCUAGAGCAAAUAUUGGGAACAGGAACUAAAGGCUUCACUGGCGAUGGAAGAAUUAUCCCAGCCCCAGAGGCCGCUAUCGACAGCCCCACAGGAUUUGCAGUCGCCGAUCAGCUUGGAAGCGCAACUACUACAUUGUACAUCUUGGACAGUGGGAACAAGCGAGUUCGCAAAGUAUAUGUAUCUCCGGCAGACAGGGGUGAAAGCUCCACGGAGGUCCCCUGUCCUGAAGGCACUUUUUCAAACAGCGAAGGAGGCUCCACAGAGGACGACUGCAUACCAUGUCCUGCUGGCGUGUUUACCAAUGUUGCCCUUAAGGGAGAAGUGGAACUCACUAUUUCUGGAGACUACGUUGGAAGCGGUACCCCUGACAAAGUUACAAAUGGUGACACUGGCCUAGGCACAGGUUGGGUCUCGAAAAAUACUUCCAGCGGUGGCCACGGCUUGACAAUUGAUUUUGGCGACAUAUUCUUCAUCAACGAAGUCACAGUUAUUUCCGGGAGAACAGGAGGGAAGAAUAUUCUCUCUUCAUUCUCAGUGCAUUACUUCCACUCGGCUUCAUCAACCUACGUCGAGCUUUUCUCCGUGACAUCAAACAAGGAAUCUACGUACUCUCUCAAUUUUGGAGAGGUGGCUACUAGAAAGAUCAUGCUCACAACAUCGGAUUCCCAAGUUUAUCUGUCGGAAAUUCAGGUUUCUGGAACUAGUUCGCCUGGCCCCGCCGCUCCUACCCCUUGCCCUAAGGGCUGGUAUCAGGAUUUGAAGGCUCAAACGGCAUGCAAGAUAUGCCCUGAGGGAUACUUUUGCAAGGACAGCACAGUUACGCCGUCAACGAAGUGUCCCGCGGGUUACUACUGCCCCAAGGGGUCGUACAAUGGGCACGAAUACCCAUGCCCCCUGGGAACUUACAAUAAACUAGGAGGUGCCAAGGGAGCGUCAGAAUGCCUGCCUUGUCCCGGCUAUUACUGCAAAGGUGGGGCGUGGUCGCCUGCUCCUCACCCUGAUGAGAAAAAUCCAGACGGAAUUUCCGGAUCAGCCGGAAGCCUUUGCCCGAUUGGCUACUACUGCCAAGCAGGAACAGAGUCUCCAGAACCCUGUCGAGAGUAA